AUGGGAUACGAAAUUACGCCCCAAGAUCCGCUAGCGAGAUGCGGCACAAGUGACCCGAUGAAGAUCAUGAAGCGGCUAAGACCCCCAAAUCCAGGGCCAUUUUCUUCACGUAGUUAUCAUUAUUUCCUUCACGCUCGGUGCCUCAGGACAACAUCUCGAGCACAUCUGCAGCAGCCAGAUCUGUGGCGGCACAUCACUAUCAGGUGUCCGGCCACAUUCCGCCGUGUCUCUGACCCCUGCCUCGAUAGAACACAAAAUACGUGCCCAAAACACGUCCUUUUUUGGACACUCCAUUUUUGGAAAGAGCGGUUAUCGUCGUCACCCUUCUUUAACACUCCUCUCGCGGCUCCCGGCUUCUCAGAUUCCUCUGAUCUAUCAUUGUUUUAUGUCCCAUUAUUUGUUUCCAAGCGGCUGGGCGAGUCGGUAAUAUAGUGGGACAGAAUUUUUUUUUUCUAGUUGAG